AUGGCGGCCCUGAGGGAACCUGUGAGGCUGGAGGGGGAUGUCUGCAGAGCAAUUGAGUUAUUAGAAAAAGUACAAAGGAGCGGGUUCUUCCUGGCGGCUGACAGACCCGGGGGCUGGAGCGAGGGGAGCAGCUGCUGUGUGCUAAUGGCGUGCGUGCUGGAGGAGAGCGCCAUGAACGAGGGAAGCCAAUGCUUUGCACUCGUGUUUCCCAGCAGCCUUUUAGAUGGUCCGCUGGAUCUGGAGCCGCAGGAGCUGGAGGAGCGCUGCCAGGUCGCUUCCACGCUUAUCACCGGCUGCCUUUUGUUCAGCCUGAUGGUGCGCAGCCUCCCGAAGGCGAAGGCGAAGAAGACCCGCAGGGAGAAAAGAGGGCGGAAGACGGCGGCGGCGGCAGGGGGACCCUUCGGCCCAGCCUCCAAUGGGCCUCCUCCGCAGAGACGAGGCCUGCGAGCUCUCUUCGGGGGCCGGGCGGCGCAGGCGCAGGCGCAGUGUUCCGUGCGGCCCGUUGGGCUUUUUCUUCUCCGUGUGGAGGCGACGGCGGCAUCUCCAACCUGGUCAGUGGAGGCGGUGAGUGAGGGGCGUAGCGCAGAGGAGGGGCGAGGUCUCCGGCCUGCUGGGGUCCGCAGUAGCGGGGAUCUGGCGUGGGGGGCGAAGAGUGGACGGGGCGCACGGGGUCAGAGGUCAGCGAGGGUCACGGGGAGCAGACGUGGUGAGGCCGGCCGAGGAAGGAGGGAGCCUAGCUGUGCCUCGGAGGUGGCCGCUGCCACGCAGAGGAGCCUCUUGGAGGCCGCGGGAGCCAUGGUGCCCAGGGGCCUGGCGGCGCCGGCCCAGGUCACCUUCCAGGAUGUGUCUGUGGACUUCACCCGCGACGAGUGGAUGCGCCUGGACCGCCCGCAGAGGGAUCUGUACCGAGACGUGAUGCUCGAGAACUACCGCAACCUGGUGCUGGUGUCCCUGGGGCGCCCGAUUUCCAAGCCAGACGUGAUCUCCCGCUUGGAGCGCGGAGCGGUGCCGUGGGUGCUGAAGAAAGGGGCCACCGGACACGCGGCUUCCGGUAGGGAGACGAAGCCUGAAACCAAGGAGUCUGCUUUAAAGCUGUUUGUGUCUCUGGAGGAAUCCUCUCUGGACAGAACCGUGAAGGAUGGUCCUCAAGGGUGCAAGCUGGGACAAGCUGGGGAAUAUGGCAGCCAGUCAGAGCAGUGGAUGGGAAACCAGGAGGUCGAGUCCAGCCACAGCAGAGUGACCCCCAGGAAAACCCCCAACAAAGGAAAAGGCCACGAAUACAAAAAGUUUGGAAGAUUUAGCCUAGAGGCAAACAUUUUUCCUCAACAGAAACUUCCUCGAGGAAAAUUGCUCUGUAAAAAUGAUGGCCGUGGAAAGAGCUUCAAACCGUAUUCAGACCUGACAAAAGGCACAAAAAUCUCCUCAGGGAAGAGACUUUCAAAGUACGAAGAAUGUAGUAGUAAGUCCUUCGGUCACGACAUAGACCUUCUACAAUAUGGUAUGCAGAACGGAGAGAAGCCUUAUGAAUGUCGUGAAUGUGGGAAAGCCUUCAGCCGGAGAACAAACCUCACCGUCCAUCAGAGGAUUCAUACUGGAGAGAAACCUCACAAAUGUGCUGAGUGUGGGAAGGCCUUCAUCCAGAGUGCACAGCUUACAGUCCACCAGAGGAUUCAUACUGGGGAAAAACCCCACAAAUGUGGGGAGUGUGGGAAGGCCUUCAUCCAGAGAGCCCAGCUGGCUGUCCACCAGAGAAUUCACACUGGUGAGAAGCCUCACAAAUGUAAUGAAUGCGGCAAGGCCUUUAUCUCUAGGACACACCUGACUGUCCACCAGAGAAUUCAUACUGGAGAGAGACCUUACAAAUGUAACGAGUGUGGGAAGGCCUUUAUCCAGAGGGCCCAGCUGGCUAUUCAUCAAGGCACUCACAUUGGGGAGAACCCCCAUAUAUGUAGUGAAUGUGGCAAAGCCUUUAACCACAUAUCAGCCCUUCAUUCCCAUCAAAGAAUUCACACUGGAGAGAAGCCUUUCAAGUGCAGUGAAUGUGACAAAGCCUUCAAUCACUACUCUUCACUGGCACACCACCAGAAAAUCCACAUCAGAGGGAAUCCUUUCGAAUGUAACGAAUGUGGGAAAGCCUUCAACCGGAGAUCCUUUCUCACUUACCACCAGAGGAUUCACACUGGAGAGAAGCCUCACAAGUGUAAUGAGUGUGGGAAAGCCUUCAGCUACAAGUCUUCCCUCACCCAGCAUCAGAAAAUCCACACAGGAGGCAAACUCAUCUGCAACGAAUGUGGGAAAGCCUUUAAUGGCAAAGCACUCCUCAUGUACCACCAGCGAAUUCACACUGGAGAGAAGCCCUACAAGUGUAAUGAAUGUGGCAAGGCCUUCAACUGCAAUUCCUCCCUGACUCACCAUCAGAAAACACAUACUGGGUGGAGACCUUAUGAAUGUACUGAGUGUGGGAAAGCCUUCAGUCGGAGCACGCACCUCACGGAACAUCUAAGAAUCCACACGGGAGAGAAGCCCCAUAAAUGCAAUGACUGUGGGAAGGCCUUCAUCCAGUUCACUCAUCUCACUGUCCAUCAGAGAAUUCAUACCGGAGAGAAGCCCCACAAAUGUAACGAAUGUGGAAAGGCCUUCAAAUACAGAUCGUCCUUUACGUCACACCGAAGAAUCCAUACUGGAGAGAAACCUCAUAAGUGUAAUGUGUGCGGGAAGGCCUUCACCCAGAUCACACAUCUCACUGUCCACCAGAGAACUCACACUGGAGAGAAACCUUACGAAUGCAAUGUGUGUGGGAAAGCCUUCAAACACAGCUCCUCCCUGACUUCCCAUUACAGAACUCACGUUGGGGAGAAACGAUAAGUCAGUGAGGGGGGGUCGCCCUUUCCCCUUCAUUGGCAUCAGAGAAUACAAAUGGUAGAAAAGUCCAAAUGAGGCCAGGCUUUCAACCAGUCCUCGCCUCGCGCCAUCCAGAAAUUCCUCUUGCAGAGAAGCCUUAUAAAAACGGCCCCGUGAAUGUAAGGAGUGUGGAAUCACCGAAGUAGGACUAGCCUCCAUCGUGGCCAUCCCGAGACUUUUCCCCUUUCCUCAAGGCUCUUCUAAGCCCAGCACCUCCCACUUAGAGCUGGUAACAGCCGUGUGUCUCCCGUUGUACAGUCUCUCAGCCUCACCCACCCAGCCCAGCCCUCAGUCCUUGACUUAUCUUCUUCCGGUCGAGGAGAGAGAAGCUUGUCCGUGCUUUGUGCUUGUGCCCUGGAGCACAUCCUUGUCUGCCUCUCCCAAAAACUUCUCACGAAUGCUCUCUUCUGUCUCUGAUCAUUUCCUUAUCCCAUAAACCUUCCUAGCCGUCUGCAAGCAUCCUUGUGUCUCUGGUGCUGCAAACGUAUCUUUCUCUCUCAUGGCAGCCAUGUUUCCCUGACUUCUGCACACUUACUGCAGAUGUUCUCCAUACUCCUUCAAGAGACGCUCCCGCCGUCCUACUGAACCUAAUCGAAAGGUCCCAAUGACUCGUCCCCACUUGUAUCAAUGUCUAGUCACUUCUCCUCUUCCUCAGCCUCUUCGGAGCAUUGGACGUUGCUGGCGAUUCUGUCCUCCCUGACUCCAGGAAAGCCGCUCUGCCCAGGUUUUCUCUCCUCUUCAUAGUUCGUUCCCUUUCAGACCCCUUAAGGUGGGGAGGGUUAGGCACCCCAACAUUCUCUUCCUGGCCCUCGUGUCUCUCAACAUGCUUUGCGAUUGAACCUUCUUGCCCAUCUUGAGCCAUAUGUCUAUGCAGCUAACAUCUCCAUUUCAUACACCUCUUCAAUGCAUUCCAGCUUGUUUCAGAGAUCGAGGACUUGAAUUCAAAUUCUAGUUCUUGUUUUACUGUCUUUGAGGUUGGAAAGUCUUCUAACGCCUGAAGUUCCUCGUAGAGAAAAUGAGCGCAUUGGACCACACUGCCCUCUGAGGACCCUUAGCUCUAAAUCUGACCCUAUGACCCCAAGUCUGGUACUCGAUUUGGCCCAGUGGUCUGACUUGUCAAACUACACGGGGCCAAGCCAGGCCAUUGGCUCACUCCUCGGAGAGCCCUUUCCAAGUCGACUUUGAACCAUAGCCGAUUACACGUUGGGUCCAGAUGUGUUCAUCCAGGUCAGAAAUGACCAGUUUUGUCAUUUGCCUUUUUUUUUUAAUUCUUACUUUCUGACUUGGGAUCAAUACUGUGGAUUGAUUCCAAGGCAGAAGAGCCGUAAGGAUAGGCAGUGGGGUAGAGUUAAGUGAUUUGUCCAGGGUCACGCAGCCCAGAAGUAUCUGAGGUCAAAUUUGAACCCAAGACCUCUUGUUUCUGGCCCUAGCUCUCGGUCGACUGAGCCCCUCAGCUGCCCCUGUCAUGUAGCUUUUCCCCUUCCUUCGAGCGUGAGAAUAACAUGAUUUGUCAGUCUGGGUCAAUGAACUUCUAUUUCUUUGUUCUUGCAAUGGUCCAACUGCUUAGAAUGGCCUGUGGCUGAGCAGAAAUCUUGUAGCUGCCUGGCAGCCUUCUUUGUACGGUCUGGACGUUGGCUGGGAAUCGAGGUCCAGCCUUCUUCGUCUUGCAAACAGCCGCUUUGGCCCUCUGCAGCGCUCUUCUACCCACCGCUCGCCUUCAGAGACCAUUGACAGGAGCAGCCCAAUGCCCACGUCUGCAGUUCUUGCAGAACCCGCGUUUAGCUGGGAAAACAACUGGCGGAGUAAGAGGGGAGCACUUUGGACUUUGCUCCAUGGGCAUCGCCUCCUGCCCCAGGCCGUUGGCCCUUUCCUGGUGGGCCUCUUCCUCCCGGCCCGCAGACAGGCCCUGCUGCUCAGAGCUUAGCAGGCCUGACUCCACCAGGCCAGACCGCGGGUGCAUUCCGUCUCCGUUCCGCUUUAACCUUUUCCCUCUUCUUCGUGUGCUUGGAUCUCCUUUGGGAAUGCCUAGCUGGCCUGUGGAGCCCAAACCGGGCGUCGGUGCCUCCCAGCCUUCUCCACGUGCUAUGGGGUCUUACGUACCCGGAGCCUCCAAAGUAGUUCGGGCCUUUUCGAGGCGCGUGUCCUGUAUCCGGGAACCAGUUGGGCAAGGGACCACCUUUGUAGAUGCAGUUGGGUGAAAAGGGAACAGAGACGACGGGCUCUGUGCAAGUCUAAGCAGACGACGGAAGAGGAGGUGAGGGAGGCGUCCGGCUUGCAGAGCCUCCUGUGGCGAGCUGCGGUCACCCGACAGGCCAUCCCGGACCAUCGGGGAAAAGUGAAUCGAUGAAAGCCUUUCUGGCCAGACCGUGGCCUGGGCUCGGGCGAGCGACAAGUGUGGCUGCCGCCCAUUUCCAGGAAGGGCUACCCGGAGUUAUUGGGCGGGUCUAGUUGCAGUCUGGGGGCCCCACUGGUGCAGGAAGAGGGAGCUGAUGACGCUGCAGCCCACCCUGGAUCCGGUGCGGUCGGGGCGCCGCCGGGAGAGGUCGCAGGACCGUGAUCUUCGCAGAUAACGCCCUCGCAUGGACCCGUUUUCAUCCCGUUUUAGAUGUCCCCUUGGAUUUGGCACAGCUGUCGGAGCACGAGGGGUCCUUAAUAAAUUAAAGCUCAUUUAUGGUGUGACAA